AAAAAAAAAAAAAAAAAAAAACUCAUCCUCUGACUUUUUUUUUCUAUUACAUGCACCCCACCUUCUUCCCACAUUUUAAACAUAACUAAUCAACAAAAAGAAAAACAAUAUAUUAAAAUAAAUAAAUAUAGAUCACCUUUGCCUCUACUUUUCUUUUCCCAAUCACAAUUCUUGAAAGGGAAGAAAAAAAUUUAAUCUUUGUCAUUUUUUGUUUUUUUUCUGAAUGAUUGGAUAGUAACAAGGUUAGAUAAAUGGUGGUUUAGCCCUGGUGGUGGAGGAAGAGGUAAUUAAUCUGGUGCUUUAAUUUGGGCUGGGGCGUUUCGAAACGAAAACAGAAUAUAAUAGUGCGCGAAAAAUGAUUGAAUGACAUCAAGAAAUUGAACCAGGCUCAGCUAAAGAAUGGAUUCUGCAAAUAAUAAUUCAACUACUCCCAGCCCUCUUGCAAAAGAUAGGCAUUCGGAUAUGGAAUUGAUGAAGGAGAAGUUUGCAAAGUUGCUUUUGGGAGAGGAUAUGUCGGGUGGGGGGAAAGGUGUUUCGUCGGCUUUGGCGUUGUCGAAUGCAAUCACGAAUUUAGCAGCUUCUGCAUUUGGAGAACAAAAGAGAUUAGAGCCCAUGUCGGCAGAUACGAAAGCGAAAUGGAGAAAGGAAAUAGAUUGGCUCUUAUCCGUCACCGAUUACAUUGUCGAGUUCGUUGCUUCAAAACAAAAGGCGAAAGACGGAAGCACUAUGGAGGUUAUGGCGACGAGGCAGAGAAACGAUCUCCACAUGAACAUCCCUGCAUUAAGGAAGCUUGAUGCUAUGCUACUUGAUUGUCUCGAUAACUUCAAAGACCAAAACGAAUUCUACUACACGUCAAGCAAAGACGAGGACUCAGGAAAAACGACAAGGCAAGAGGAAAAAUGGUGGAUCCCUACGCCAAAGGUACCCCCAAACGGCUUAUCCGAGGUCACAAGAAAAUGGCUGCAAUAUCAAAAAGACUCCGUAAAUCAAGUCCUAAAAGCAGCUAUGGCUAUCAAUGCUCAAGUCCUCUCCGAAAUGGGAAUUCCCGAUAACUACAUCGAAGCUCUCCCUAAGAAUGGGAGAGCAAGUCUAGGAGAUGCGAUAUACAAGAUUAUUACAGAAGACUUUUUCGAUCCGGAUUGUUUGCUUUCUUCGCUAGACUUAUCAACGGAGCACAAAAUACUCGAUCUCAAAAACAAAAUCGAAGCAUCGGUUGUGAUAUGGAAAAGAAAAAUGAAUGCUAAAGACACCAAAUCCUCUUGGGGUUCGGGCGUGAGUAUGGAGAAGAGGGAGCUUCUAGAAGAUAGAGCCGAAACAAUCCUGCUAAUUCUCAAGCACCGUUUCCCCGGUAUCCCACAAUCCGACCUAGACAUCAGCAAAAUCCAAUUCAACCAAGAUGUGGGCCACGCGAUUCUCGAGAGCUACUCGAGAAUUAUAGAAAGUUUGGCGUUUACAGUCUUGUCGAGAAUAGAAGAUGUCAUGCAUGCGGAUUCUCUUGCAAGAAAUCCACCGAACGCAGAACAGAAGAAGAACUCUGUUAAAGAACAGCCUAAGGAAGAGCAACCGGAAGUUUUGAAGUCCAACGAGGGCACACCUACUUCAAAAACAUUGCUCGAUUUCAUGGGGUGGAAUCUAGACCAGGGAGAUACUAAUAACAACAGUAUGAAGAAAGAUUCGAUCGAUGAUGUUGGUAAUAAGCCACUCAACAAACCGGCAAACGUUGUCACGAACAAGAAAAUAUCAUACAUAGAGAGGCUAGAGAAUUUAGGUGGUCUAAGAAGUCCCACAGCACGCCACUAAGCCGUUUGAUUCGUAUGAAAUGCGGGUUUUUUUUUAUUAUUUUUUAAUAUUUUUUUUAUAAGUUGUAGUUCACUUUUUUGUAAGUAGGAAGAGCAUUGGUAAACUGACUGGAAUCCAAUGUACUUUUUAGAUGUCCGAAAAGUCCUACUAAGGGGAGGCACGCAGUUUGAAAGAAGGAAAAAAAUCGAGUCUUGUGAUGAAUCAUCGUACUUAAAUAUGUUUCAACGAAGAGUCGAUCGAAAAUAAACAUCUAACUGAAAGAUAUCAUAAAUGAUUUAACAGUAGUGUCACAAAGUAGUAGGCUUUGAAUUUUACUUACAAAAGGUGUCGAAAUAUCAAAA